UCGCCCCGUUUGUUUACCUGCGGCGGCGAAGAGCGGUCUCAUCGGACAAGCAGGAACGUGGUCGAAAACAGACUGAAAUCUAGACUAACAGACCAGCCGUCAGCAUGUGGCCCGAAGUGAAAAAAGUAAAGGACGAGAACCGCUACGAGCUGGUGCUCAUGGGAGAAGACGUCAAUCAGAAGAUAGACAAAGAAGAAGGAUUAGAUCCCGACUUGUAUGAGCUCACGCAGCUGAACUUCCUCCGUGUGUCCAAGUCCCCCUUGACUUCCAUCUCUGAGGACAUUAGCCACCUCACCAAUCUCACAAACCUCGUACUUGAUGGUAACAAACUAGAUAGCCUCUCCGGGGCUGUCGGGAAACUGGACAAGCUGAAAGUACUUGAUCUAUCGAGGAAUUCCCUUGUCACGUUGCCCGAGGAGAUUGGGCAGCUGACACGCUUGACAACUCUGAAUGUCAGUAUCAAUAAGCUCACAUCACUCCCAUGCUUGAAAAACUGCAUCCAUCUGGCGUUAUUGGAUGCCAGGGAGAAUUGUUUGACGGAGUUCCCUGAUGUGGGCCAUGAAUCUCUCGCACUGCUCGCUGAUAUCAAGUUUGCAAGAAAUAACAUCAGUGAGAUCCCUGUCUCCGUGCAGGUGCUUCCAUCUCUGAAGCACUUGGACCUGGAAGGCAAUAGCAUCAAAGUGGUGCCUGGGGAGCUCAUUGACUGCGUCAAACUUAAAGAAUUGGGUCUUAAAGGAAAUCCUCUUACUGACCGACGAUUCCGCAAAUUGGUUGAAUCUGACAGAUGUCUCCCAAAGCAAGUAAUGGAUUACGUGAAGCAACAUUGCCCUAAAGUACAGGAGGGAAAGGGAGGUGGUAAAGGAAAGAAAGGCAAAGGAGGGAAAGGAAAGAAUAAGGAUCAAGAUCAGAUGGAUGAGAUGUGCAAUGAGCUUCAUGUUCUAAGUGUGACUGAUGAAACACCAGUAGUCCGGGUGGAUCCUAUCGUGAAGGAUGUGAGGCCGUACCUAGUGUGCGGCAUUCUUCAAAAGUUAGAUCUGAGUGGAGAAAACUUCAAGAAAUUCAUCUCUCUGCAGACAAAGCUGCAUGAAGGGAUCUGUGAGAAGAGGCUUGCUGCAACUAUUGCAACACAUGAUCUUGCAAAGAUCAAAGGUCCUCUGAAGUACACUGCACGUGAUCCCAAUGAGAUUCUCAUCCAUCCACUGAUAAGGGGCAAGGAGGUCACUGCCAAGGCUUUGCAUGGGGCAUUGCAACAUGAGGCAGAAGCACAGAGAAAACACAUGAAGAAGAACAUGACCACUGGACUUCAUAAGUACCUUCACAUAGUUGAACCAUGGAAUGUGUGGCCUUGCAUUGAAGAUUCUGCUGGGACAGUUGUGUCUUUACCACCCAUCACAAAUGCAGAUAACACAAAGAUUACUGAGGAAACAACAGAUGUGUUCAUAGAAGUGACAAGCAGCAAAACACUGGCAAAAGCAAAAGAGGUUCUUGAUACUCUUCUUCUGACUAUAAUGCAGAACAACCUUUGCCCAGAGAGGAAUGAAGCAGAUAAAACAGUCAUGACAGUUCAGCAGGUUAGGGUAGAAGAUGAAGACGGAAAGCUUCGGGUGUUGUAUCCAUCUCGUACGGACCUAAUAUAUGAAAAUGUGAGGAUUAGGGUAGUUAUGCCUGAGAAAUAACUUUCUUAUAAGUGGUAUGUGCCUGUUUGGAAUUGUGAUAUUUUGGGUAUGUAUUGUUCAGAUACCCAUUAAUUAUUAAAAUCAUUGUGUUGAAUAUACAGGUGUGAUUUCUCUUUCUGAUAUUCAGAAGCAUUUUCAGCCAGAUGAAUUAAUUCAUCCAGUCAUUCAAUUGAUUUGCUGAAUCCUGUCAUUCACUGAAGUGCUGAUGAAAUUAGUCUCAAAGUGAUAAUAUUUAUAUUGUAUUUAUGAAACAUUAGGAUUCAGAUUAAUUAAGGCCAAAGAAAAAAAUCUUUUUUAUAUUUUCUUUCACAGAAUCUUUUAUGUUCAAUCACACAGUGUUCUUGAAAAAAUAGCAUUCUUUUGUAAGUCAUGGUCAUACAUAAACAAAUGGAUAUCAGAACAAUGGCAACUCUCAUAUUAACCACAACACCAUUAUUCAGAUAUAUUUCCAUUAUAUAAGUGCAUUAACCCUUGUGAAAAUAAUUAAAAAAUAAGAAAUGUAUGUUUCUAUAUAAAACAUGUACAUGUACUCAGUAAAAAUUAAGUUCUUAUUAGGUAACAUUAGUGGAUGCACUAAACUGAACUCAGUAAGAUUAUGGUAAAAUAAUAGAUGUUGAAGAUAUAGAUUGCAUUUUGGAGGAAAUCACACAAAGAGUCACUCCUGCACAUUUUAACAGUCUAGGCUGAAAAGGAUGGGAGAGUGCGGCAUUUCAUAUUACCCAUAAGUUAAGGAGAUUUAAGUCAGGAAAGGAGAUUUCUUCAUACUGAGUUUUAAAUCUGCAUCAGAGUUGUACUCAUUAAUGCCAUCCACCCAUUUAUCUUAAUGGUGCUCAAGUUACAAUUAUACCUUACAAAGGGAAGGGGAUAUUUGAAAGUAAAUUGAAGCAAAAACCAGUACAUAUUAAAAUUUGAAUAAAAGAAAAGGAGUACAUAAGAAGCUUUUGUAAAAAAAAAUGCAAUAUUAGAUUAGUUACAGCUAAUAAGAACCUAUAUGAAAUUGAGAAUUAUAAAGAUCUUCAAGCUGAAAAGUCAUCUUCUAUGUGCAUACAAGAAACAGUGCUCAAAGUAGACUCAGUUCCAUAACCAUGUUGUUCCUUCUUUAUGUUGAUUGCAUACCCUGUUCUGUUUCAUAUUCUUUAAAGCUACACGAGUAUAGAAAAGAAAGGAAUGAGGAUACCUAGUGCCAGGUAAAAGAAAAUGGUAAAAGUAAUAAUGAUAACAAAGCUGCAAGGGGAAUUUGCAAGACUAGGUUUGUAGAAAUGUGGACUAACAUCCAGUCCAAAGUUAGGAGACUGGAAAGAUUGAUGUACUAGUUUGUUAUUAUGAAUGCUUUGAUAAAGGAUAUAUAGAUUACAUUGAGCAAUUACUGUAUUUGUUUUUUUUAGUUUCUAAGAAUUUUUUUUUUUUUU